AUGAAUAAGUAUCGAGGCAAAUAUGAUGAUAGUUACAAAGUCAUUAAAACAGAAGGAAAUUAAGAUAUUAAAUCCAAAAUAACAGAACAACAUGUAAAUCGACUGACCACAAGAAAAGUACCUUCAAUUACUUCAUAAUUGAUUAAAUUUCCUAUUUAAAAUCAGGAAAAGAAAGCUAAAUCACCUAUUCUAAAAGAAGAAAAGAUCCUAGAUUUAUUGUGCUUAUCAACUUAAUAACUUAAAUAAGUGUUCAAAUAACCUCCAACCAUAUCCACCCGAAAGAGUAUAAAAGUUAUAAGAAACACUUCGUUGCCCAAAGAUUUCUUUACUGUGUGA